AUGUUCGAUGGUUCAUGGGAGUAUCAAUUGCAACUUGAUCGAGAGGGAAAUGUUUUUCUUGAUUUCAAUCCGAUCCUUUUUCGUCAUUUGCUCGAACAAUUGCAAAUGAUGGAGACUAAUGAUCCUCAACUUUUCUAUCCUCCAUCAUCAAAUUCUCUUAUUGCUCCAUUUAAUAAGUUACUUCAAAAACUAGGCCUCAAUGCAGCACCACGAUUGGACACAGAUAUCAUCAUACUCAAUGUUGGCGGUGAAAUCAUAAUGACAUAUCGAAAUACGCUUACUCAACUACCAGACUCCAAGCUCGCAGCCAUCGUCUUAUUUAACAAAUCAAUGAGUAUUGAUUCCAGUGGUUAUAUUUUCCUCGAUUUUAAUCCAAGACUCUUCCGCCAUUUACUCGAUCAACUACGCUCAAGACAGAAAACAACUAUUCCUUAUUUUCAUGCACCAACAAAUGAAGAUACGAAGGCAUUUAACUUGAUGCUGAUCAGUCUUGGCCUUAAGUCAUUGCGCCGUACCUAUGGUAUUUGUACGAAUGCACAGUGGGCACAAUAUGGUACACUAGUCAUAAGGAGCUAUAAAAAUGACAAUUGGAUGGGACAAGAAUAUAAUUAUUUACGUGGUUUGUAUGUUGAUGAUAACGAGACUCUGUACGUAGCAGAUGCUUCUGAUCAUCGUAUUGUGAAAUUGAUGCGUGGUGAAAUCAAGGGUCAAACUGUCGCCGGAGGGCAUGGAAAUGGUAGCCGGAGUGAUCAAGUGAAUGAACCACUUGAUUUGAUUAUCGAUAAAGAUGAUAGCUUAAUCAUAUGUGAUUCUGACAACUAUCGAGUGGUACGAUGGUUUCGAGGUGCCGAGAAUGGAGAAAUCAUCAUAUCUAACAUCGGUUGUUGGGGUUUGGCGAUGGAUGAUCAGGAAUGUCUGUACGUCUCUGAUUGGGUCAACGAUCGUGUGAUAAAGUGGUGUGAGGGGAAGAUAGAUUUGACAUUGGUCGCUGGUGGUAAGGGAUCGGGAGCUCGUCUUGACCAGCUGAAUGGAUCGCGACAUAUAGUUGUCGAUCGAUAUCGCUCUGUUUAUGUAGCAGAUAUGUAUAAUGAUCGAGUGAUGAAAUGGAACGAGGGCGCGAAGGAAGGCAUUAUUGUAGCUGGCGGCAACAGUCGAGGAAGUGGUUUUGACCAAUUAUCAAAACCCAUGGGAGUCAUGGUCGAUGAACUUCACACUGUUUAUGUUGCGGAUACAUUUAAUCAUCGAAUUGUUCGUUGGUCGCAAGGAGCUACAGUCGGCAAUGUCAUUGUUGGUAUGAAUGGAAGUAGUGCGAGUACAAAUCAAUUAAGCUAUCCAACGAGCCUUUCGUUCGAUAAAUAUGGUAACCUAUAUGUGAGCGAUUUCGGCAAUUACCAAGUUCUAAAAUUCAAAAUUGACACAAGUUUGUGCUUAGCUGAUUGA